UUGAAGCCCAGUCAGUAGUCUUGACUUGUAUAAUGAGUGAUGACCGCUGUCGAGACGAGCGUAGCACGAGCUGCGGCAAACCAAAUGGAGGUGGCGGCGGGAAUCACUUCUGCUCCGCAGUUCCCCAAGGCAUCCUCUUAUUCCUCCUUCUCUUCAGCUUACUCCGGCGGUUCUCAUUCUCUACAGUCGCUUCAGUUCAACCCUCUCAAAUUCAAACACGCGAGAACUCUCGCAAUUCGCGCCUCUGUUUCUGCUGCCGAUGACUCCGUGGUGACAUUGCUUGAUUACGGAGCUGGAAAUGUGCGGAGUCUCAGAAAUGCAAUUCGCUUUCUUGGCUUUAAUAUAAAAGAUGUGCAAAAGCCGGAGGACAUUUUGAAUGCCAAACGUCUUAUUUUUCCAGGUGUAGGUGCAUUUGCGCCUGCCAUGGAUGUGCUAAACAAGACAGGAAUGGGAGAAGCACUCUGUUCCUACAUUGAGCAAGAUCGUCCAUUUCUAGGCAUUUGUCUUGGAUUGCAACUACUGUUUGAGUCAAGUGAGGAAAAUGGACCAGUGAAAGGGCUUGGUUUGAUUCCUGGGGUAGUUGGUCGUUUUGACUCAUCAAAUGGUGUCAGGGUACCUCAUAUUGGUUGGAAUGCUAUCCACAUAACAAGAGAAUCUCAGAUUUUGGAUGAUAUUGGGAGCCGUCAUGUCUAUUUUGUUCAUUCAUACCGCGCAAUGCCAUCUGAUGAUAACACAGAAUGGGUAUCUUCUACGUGCAACUAUGGUGACAACUUCAUAGCUUCUAUAAGAAGGGGAAAUGUCCAUGCAGUGCAAUUUCACCCAGAGAAGAGUGGAGAUGUUGGCCUCUCUGUUCUUCGAAGGUUUCUGAAUCCCAAGUCUGAAAUGACAAAGAAGCCAGCCCAAGGGAAGGCGUCUAAACUUGCAAAGAGGGUCAUUGCUUGUCUUGAUGUGAGAACAAAUGACAAAGGUGAUCUUGUUGUAACUAAGGGAGACCAAUAUGAUGUGAGAGAGCACACCAAAGAAAAUGAGGUGAGAAACCUCGGCAAGCCAGUGGAUCUUGCUGGACAAUACUACAAGGAUGGGGCUGAUGAGGUUAGUUUUCUGAAUAUUACUGGCUUCCGCGACUUUCCUCUUGGCGAUUUACCCAUGUUGCAGGUAUUAAGGCACGCAUCGGAGAAUGUUUUUGUCCCAUUAACAGUUGGAGGUGGCAUUCGAGAUUUUACUGAUGCAAAUGGCAGGUACUACUCGAGUUUGGAGGUUGCUGCAGAGUACUUCCGGUCAGGUGCCGAUAAGAUUUCUAUUGGAAGUGAUGCAGUUUAUGCUGCAGAAGAAUACCUAAAAACAAAAGUAAAAUCUGGAAAGAGCAGCCUAGAGCAGAUCUCUAGAGUGUAUGGAAAUCAAGCUGUGGUUGUAAGCAUUGAUCCUCGUAGAGUGUACUUGAAAGAUCCCAAGGAUGUAGAGUUCAAGUCCACAAGAGUAACAAACCCAGGUCCAAAUGGGGAGCAAUAUGCUUGGUACCAAUGCACGGUGAAUGGUGGACGAGAAGGUCGACCAAUUGGAGCAUAUGAGCUUGCAAAAGCUGUUGAAGAACUGGGAGCUGGAGAAAUACUCCUAAACUGCAUCGACUGUGAUGGUCAAGGAAAAGGAUAUGAUAUAGAUCUGAUAAAGCUUAUCUCAGAUGCUGUAAGUAUUCCUGUAAUAGCAAGUAGUGGUGCUGGAGCGGUUGAACACUUCUCAGAAGUUUUCUCCAAAACAAAUGCAUCUGCUGCCCUUGCUGCUGGUAUUUUCCACCGGAAGGAGGUGCCUAUACAAUCUGUGAAAGAGCACUUGCUGCAGGAAGGAAUAGAAGUUAGAAUGUGACAGUUUGUUGCUUUCCCUUCUGGAGACUUGUCAACUUGAGAUUCGCAUGUGUGUUUGCCAACUCCACUGUCAUUUGUUGAAAUGCUGUUCGAACACCAUACAUAUAGAUGAAAUAUGAAUAGCUCAGCACCAAUCAAGAAUGCCCACGGCAUUCCAAGAAUUCUUGUUAUACGUUCGUUCCAACCCUCAACCCUCUUUUCUAGAUUCAUCGAUAUUGAAUCAAUCGAACGCACUUCUAACACCUGUUCCACUUUUGGAAGCCCCUGUGUUAUAUCACCAGAUCUCGAUUUUUCAUAUAUAAAUGUAAUUAAAGUAUCUCCUUCGUACAGGAUUUCCCCAUAAUGGCCAUGAACAGUUGCUCCUGGAGUGGCCAAAUAAGGCUUAGCUGAUCGUAUUGUGCACAUUAUUUCUACUUUUAUAAGAUUGGUUUUCCGUAUGUAUUAUGCUUUUAAUUCAUACGAGUAUUAUAUUUACUUCAUACAAUGGUAACUUGUAUAGCAAUUAUUAUUAUACCUGAGUUCA